CACAGCCUGUGGUAAUGAGGAACAGAAAGGACUUUGCUCUGAAGUGCUUCUCGUCGUGUGCAGGUCUUGUGAUGUAGCAGGAAGAGUUUCUAAUCGCCACAGAGAGCAGACACUGACCGGCAGCUGUAAGCUGUUUGCAAACUAGGUGCUGCUGGGACGUGAUUGGUCAUGGAUUGGAAGAGCAACCUGCGGCGCACCCAAUCACUGAGGAGCGUCCCCUCUUCAUGUGACAAGCCCUCCUGGAAAGAGGCGGGGCUGAGGGAGAGGAUAACGUCUGUGUCCCAGCUGGUGUCCAGAUAUCAAACUACCGUGGAAGUGAGUGCAUGCAGUCAAGAAACUCCAGUGAAUCAUGUUGAAGCAAAGCCAAAAAUGGUGCUCAAAGAGACCAAACCCUCUCUCCUGGAGAGUAACGAGUCUCAUCUGGAGUCUCUGAUGAGGAGGAAUGACGCAAGGGAGCUGUCUCGAGACAAAUCCAAUUUGACCCGCAGUAAGUCAUUGGGGAGCCUGCAGAGCAGCACUGGCUCCAUCGGGGCCCUGAAGGCUCUGUUUGAGUCAAAGGCAGCCACACAGAACAAGGUGAGGAGCAAUCCCAGAGCGGCACCUCUCACAUCCACAAACAAGGCUGCAGACUUCAAGCCUGUGGUGAACGGGGAUGUGGAGGAGGUCCCUGCAGAGGAGCCCGCUGCAGGAAGGGAUGCCAAAACUGAUCAUGUGACUCGAAAGGUGGUGAAUCAGACCCGGGUGGAGAGGAGGAAAACAAUCGGGGGGAUUGAUUUUGAAAGAAUUGCAGCCUCUCAGGAGGAUGAAAAGAGGAGGUUCAUUGCUGACUUCAGAGACAGCUCUUUAAUCCAAGGCCAGGAGAAACUGUGUGUCUCGGUCAAAGCCAUGUCCGCCCUCUACCUGUCAAAGGUAGUACCUCAGGAUUCAACACGGAGCCCUUUAAAACCGGAGCAAGAUAAGUCCUCUACAGCUGGGAAAAGACUCCAGCGUACCAAGCAUGAUCUUCACUGGAGAGCUCAUGACUCAAUGAUGAGACCAUUACUCUGUUGCUCUAAGAUGUCCGAGGACUCCGAACAAAGCAAAGAGGACGUCCCUUCAGCGAGACAUCAGCAUGGACCAGAAGACGUCUCUGGGGCCAAGCUAGCACCGUCCAUGCCAUUGCAACUCUCUAAAGAACAGCUACACCAGCAGCGGGCGAAGUGCGAGCUGAAGAGGCUCCUGAAGCACACCCACCCAGAGCUGAAGAUGUUGGACGGAGUGGUGGACGAGGAGCUUGCUGAGGUUUUGACUUUAGAGACAGAUGGUGAAACUGGAUACGAGGGAGAGGUCCUGUCAAGAUGCUUGAUAUUCGAGAACCGCGCCCUCACCAACAAAGUCUCUCCUUACGCCCCCAAGAAGCACGUAGCAGAGGGAACAGUGCAAAGAGGCGAUGUCGGUAAAUCAUCAGCUGUGCUUCAGGAGCACGAAGGCAGGCCUUGUAGCAACAAAACAAUGAGUCAUGAUCCAAACCGAGAGGGUGAGGAGGAGGAGGAGGAGGAGGUAAAAAUAGAUGUUCAGGCUACCAGGAGGAGAUUUGAGAGUCAGUCUGUGCACACAUCUGCACCAAAACCCAGAAAUAUGUGCCAGGGAAAGGUUUCUAUUUCUGGAGAUAAGAAAGGGGCAGUCCAGAAACGGGAGAUUACAAUGCAAAGAAAAGAUAAUCUACCCACCAAGAGCCCUGAUUUGACAAAUCAGCCUAAAAAACAAGGUCCUUCUGAUCAAAUCAUUGGUGGACCACUCCUUAAAGAUGAGACCAGAAGCAUCCUUGAUCCAUCAACCAUCAAAACCAGUGCCGCUCUUUCCCAGAACAACCCAUUCAUCCCAAAAAACAUAGAGAGGGAACAAUCCUUCACGCGUCCAUCACAAAACCAGCACCCAGGAGGAGACGGUGGGGAAGCUCAGGACCUGGUGAAAGCUAAUGUCAAGAACAGGGCUCACCUGUUUGAGUCAAUGCCGUUUGACCAAAUCAGGAACCAGAACAAGGAUGAAAUUGAGUGGCAGGUUGAGAACAUCAAGGAAACGCUGAAUUCCCUUCAUCAGGUUAAUGCGAUACAUUCAGAUGGGUCUAUCAUCGAGGUGAACGAGACGAUGAUCGCUAAAAAAGCCAAGUUUACUUUAUCAGAAGACGGGCCUGAGAUCAAAUACGACGAGGUGGCUGAAGGUGGCGCACAAAACUUCAUACUCCAGCUGCUACCACGGUCCAAACUAAAGCCUCAUAUCACUUAUCUAAAGGAGGGUAGUAAAGGAAACAUCAAGGCCACCAUGGUGAAUGUACCAGUGCAGCAUCAUCACUUCAGUACCAACCAAGACACCGAGUUUAAGACAGCCAACGUGGCUCAGCUUGUUGAGGAUAUUCUCAAUCAAGAUAACUCUCUGCGGAAAGGAGUGAUUAUCCAGGAGGAUGCAGAUGGAUGGGCUAAAGUCAUCGUCUACUCCCUCUACUAUUAUUUGGAUGUGGAUGAUUUGAAAAGUUACAGUGCUCCAGGAGAGCUUUGUGAACCAGAGCGAGACAAUCAAGAAGUAAAGAAAGGUGUCGUUGCAUCAACCAGGAGCUGCCUUCUGGACACUCCCAGAGACCAAACCUGCCAAGGAUCAAUGAGGCCUGAAAUCACAGUCAAAGGGAACGUUAAACUGUUCAAGAGUUGUAUUGAAAAGGGAGAUUUGGAAUAUUUGAAAACUCUUCAGUCUGAGCCAACCGAGCAAGAACAAGAACUCCCUCCAAACCAAAAUGUGGCUGAACAAGGAGUGGAGCCUUCUCAUGAACAGAGAGGAGUUGAAGCAGAGGAGAGUACUGGAGAAUGGGUCCCAGUGGAUAUAAAGAGGCUUAAAAACAUGUUCUCCGGAGACCAAAGACCCAUCCAGCCAAAACAAAAUGCAUGGGAAAAUCGUGCCCCAGUUGCUUGUGCAUCGGGGGGUCAAAACGUUCAACCUGGAAAGAGCCAGUCGUCAACCGAGAGGGAUGGAAAAACACAUGAGGUGUGUAACUCUACGGUGGCACCAAAGGGAUCAGACCUACAUGUUGGGACACAGGAUGAUGGUCGGGUCCACCAGGCUGAGUUAGUCGAGGUGGUGGAUAACAACGAGGAGAUUUCUGACCUCCAAACAGCAAUGCAAAGCCUCCAUCAGGCCACGAUGGAGGCCACGUCUCUGCAUCACUCAGCACUCGCAAAAAAUAGACUACACUAUCAAGAACCCAUCUCAGUUACAGCAGGUGAUGUCAAACAAGGAGAACUACCUCACACAAAGACAUGCCAUAAAGAAAGUAACUCUGAGACAAGCUGUCAAAAGGAAGCUUUCCAGGAACAACACAUGCACGCUGCUAUGGAGCCUGAACAUCAUCCAGAGACGAUCACGGCUCAGCAGGAGGAAGAGGAAGUGGAUUUUCAUGGUAAACUUCAAGCAGCUCUGGACUCCCUGGAGAGAUCCAACAUCAACGUCAGUAGAGGAGAUUUCAGAGCAGCUAUGAUUUACAGAAGCGUGUCCAAAACUCACAGAGAAAGAUCAACAAUUGUGAAUAUGGCAUCUGUUCAAAAUCCCACUAAGGAGGAGUGUUGCCCUGCGUCUGACCCUGAACCAACCCAAGCAACAUCGAGGCAAGAGGUCUCUGAAGAACAGAAGACAUCAGUAAAUGCAGAGCCGGAAAGCCAAAGCAAAGACACAAGUGAUGUCUCAGAGAAAAGCAGAAGACUUGUGAGUCCAAAACCAGUCAUCCCACCCAAGCCUGAGCAUUUGAAAGUGAAACAAGAAGACAAUCAGUCAACUAACACAAAGAAUCCUGAAGCAACUAUUACUUUAAGAGCAGAAGAAACAGUUCCUCAACCAUUGCCCGAGACACUGGGGUCAUGUGAGGAUAAACAUAAUCUGUUCAAAGCUACCAGGUGUGCAGAGCCAGGUUCAGUGAGUCAUCAAAGCAAAAAGCCUCUUGAAGAAGCCGUAACUCAGGAAAGUGAAGUGAGGCUUCAAGUUCAAGGUUCAGUCGUUAUCUUGGAGACUGAUAACACAAAUGAGAGGCGACAACAGGAGAUAAACGCCACAGACGAAGAAAAAAGCCCAGAGGAUUCCCGAAUGAAUGAGACAGAUGAAAGCCAUGUAGAUUUUAAGGAAGCAUGUAAGACAUUUGAAGGUAAAAAGGCAGGUUCAGGGAAGAAGGCUCCGGUGAAGCCAAAAAGAGUUAAAAUUGCCCAGGCGGACAACAAGACACAAAAACAACAGUCUGGCAAUAACACCUUGAUUCCAGCACAGGUGGUUGAGGAACCACAGCCAACUCUUCCUGGUUCCUCCUGCAAUGAGACAUGUGGACAGACUGCUGACAGCAAAGACAAGAUUGAGAAAGUGAUGAAACAAGAAGGCAAAGUCGAGAUGAGGGAAAAGAAAGGACGAUCCGAGACGGAGGACGAACGCCGACAGCGCCUGUCCGUUCACAUGGACGCCAUCAUGACGGACAACAUGAAAGCAGCCAUGGGAAUUAUCGACAACUUAAGAAAGCAGGAGGAGCUGCAGAGCUUCCUCAGUCGAGUGGAAGAAGUGGAACAGGACACGAGCGAGGUGGAUGUAAGUCGCCUGAGGAAAGUGUUCGAGGACGUUCCCGACUGGGUCGUCCGCUCCGGGAAAAAGAAACAGAAGAAGAAGAGGAAAGGAAACAAAGAAGGGAAGGUGCCGUUAACGAACACCGAAAGCAAGUCUUCCAUGGCACAUGUUUUCGGAGAUCUUGAGCGAGCCAGUGAGGAAAUCAUAACUCUGAAAGAACAGACUUUAGCCAGACUGGUGGAAAUAGAGGAAACCAUCAAGAAGGCUCUUUAUUCUGUCUCUACUCUGAAAUCAGACUCAGAUAUCGCUGGGUUAUCGUGCCUGUUCAAAGAGUCAUUGGCGACAGAUCAAGGACACACAUCCUCUGGCGGUAUUGGCAAGAUUAGCAUCGAGACAAGCAGAACAAAAUCCCUGCAGACACAGGUUAGCACUAGCGCUAGCCAGGGUGCAGAAAUCGAAGGAGCCUCCGCAAAACAACAAGCUAGUCCUCCAUCUUCCCCUGCCUUCAUCUCUAUCCAAUCAGCUGCUAAAAAGACAGAGAAGACAGAGUUGCUUCCACCUGAAGCCACGAUCUGCCCGAAAUGUCAGCACGGCCCACAGACAGAGGAGAGAUUCAGGACAACUAAAACCCUGACGUGCAACAGCCCUGCUCAAAACAGGAAGAAGGACCGGAAAGGAGGUAAAAAACAAUCAUCGUGCAACCCUAAACGAGAGCUCAGCGUGCUGGAGGUGCAGACUGACCACGAGGGGAAGAGCAUCGUGGGCUCCAAGACCGUCAAACAACUAUGAGAGGACUGAAGCUGUUGUGUACAUACUGUAUGUUUCCAAAUACCUCUUUGUUUCUAUCGCUGGUUGAGAUUUUCCUAUGGAGGAUGUGUUUGUAACAUUAUUUCAUUUGCAUUUUAAAUUAAAGACGUGUCUUUGGUUUUCAUUCA